UGUACAAUGUACCAUUAAUUGUACAAUAAGGCAAUCGAACGACUCGCACAAUCAUGAUUUAAUCGUUUAGUGUCAAUUCGGUCAAUUGUAUGGACUAGUGUGUCACGAAACCCAUUUAUACAGAAUCGUCGACGUUGACGAUCAUCAUACAUUUCAUUACAAUUGAGUGCCAUUCGUCGUGAUUAUUUCUUAUUUUCAUUGAAUCCGUACUGGUGAAUAAUAUUGACUGCGGAUUGCAGAAGAACGACCGCUACGUGAUUUUUGAGCGUUUACAAGUGCUAAUCUGGAUUUUCUAGAACGUCAGAGCAGGUUCUAGCGACAGUACCAGCAUGAACACAUGAUGACACUCGGAUGGGCUAAAGAGGAAAUCGUAUAGACAGUCAACUAAACUAUCGAUUUAAAUUGAACGGGAAGAUAUGGAACCACCAUUGACUAGUAAAGUACUAAGGGCCCCAAAUCUUAAACGGGGUCAAGAAAACAUUAAGAUACAAGAUCGAAUCAAAUUAGAACGGGUGCUGGGCGUGACUGUAUCGAGUAACGCGGCACUCGAUUGCGACAGAACAAGUGACCUAGUCGCCUAUCCUGCGGGAUGUACUGUUAUUCUAUUCAACCCCCGAAAGAAUACGCAAACGCACGUUCUGAAUGGCUGUAGAAAAACGGUAACAUCCCUCGCGCUAUCCGGAGAUGGUCGACUGUUGGCUACGGGUGAAUGUGGUCAUACACCCAACGUCCGUGUAUGGGACAUAUCAGAUCCUCAGAAUGCCAUUCAAAUUGCCGAGUUUCCCAGUCACAAAUAUGGAAUAAAUUGUGUCGCAUUUUCACCAAGCAACAAAUACGUUGUGUCCGUUGGUUCUCAACACGACAUGAUUGUAAAUGUCUGGGACUGGCGGAAUAAUGUAAAGGUCGCAUCAAACAAAGUCUCUAGUAAGGUGAAGGCUGUAUCAUUCGCGGAAAGCGGCAAUUACUUUGUGACUGUUGGUAACCGACAUGUUAAAUUUUGGUAUCUGGAGUACUGCCGGAAUGCAAAAUAUCAAGAGCCAGUACCUCUUAUGGGUAGAUCUGCAAUACUGGGUGAACAACGUAACAAUGAUUUCGUGGAUGUUGCUUGCGGUUGUGGUGAAAUGGCGGAUUCAACCUACGCAAUAACUAAAACAGGCCUAUUGUGUGAAUUUAAUAAUCGGAGAUUAUUAGACAAGUGGGUAGAAUUAAGAACAUCAAGUGCCAAUUGCAUAGCAGUGGGUGAAAAGUUUAUAUUUAUUGGCUGUGCUGAGGCCAUAAUAAGAUGUUUUUCUCCAACAACACUUCAGUUUAUAACAACAUUACCAAGAACUCACUAUCUUGGUGUAGAUGUUGCUCAGGGACUGUCAAUAGAUCAUAUGUCACAACAUCCAUCAAAUGCACGAUAUCCCGAUGCAGUAGCACUCGCCUUCGAUGAACAAAAUAAUAAAUUAACCUGUGUCUAUAAUGAUCACAGCAUUUAUGUCUGGGAUAUACGUGAUAUUCGCAGAGUGGGAAAGUCUCAAUCUUUUCUUUAUCAUUCGGCUUGCAUCUGGGGAGUCGAAGUGUAUCCCAAUGGAAAUGAAUCAAUUAAUUCUAUGCCACCUGGCUCCUUCGUUACCUGUUCAAGUGAUGAUACAAUUAGGAUUUGGAAUCUCCAAAAAGAUUUACCACCCGAUGAUACACUGUACAGUCGUAAUAUAUACAGCAAUGAGUUACUGAAAGUGCUUUAUGUUGAUCCUGAAUUAACGUAUCUCAAAGAUUUAGAUUUAGCAGCAGCUGGUACAACAGAUAAAAGUGAUUCUUCGUAUGAUUCACGCAAUGGUGUGCGAUCGAUCAGAAUUAGUCCAGACGGCAGACACUUAGCAUCGGGGGAUCGUUGCGGAAAUAUUCGAAUACAUGAUGUAUCCACAUUGGAUGAAACUUGUGUGAUUGAAGCUCACGAUGCUGAAGUGUUGUGCUUGGAGUAUUCGAAAUAUACGAAAUUUCCCUCGGAUCUUCCAAGACUUCUAGCCAGUGCCUCAAGAGAUCGUUUGAUCCAUGUAUUCAAUGUCGAUAAAGGCUAUGAUUUCCUUCAGACUUUGGAUGAUCACAGUUCUUCAAUCACUGCUGUUAGAUUCUUCAAUCAAAGCGAUAAACUUCAAAUGGUUUCAUGUGGAGCUGAUAAAAGUAUUAUUUUUCGCCAACUGCAAGGUACACCGGGCGGUUCCCCACAAUUCUCAAGAGGUCACAAUGUUGCAGGUAAAACAACGCUUUAUGAUAUGGAACUUGAUUCCGGCCAAAAACAUAUUUUAACUGCUUGCCAAGAUAGGAAUAUUAGAGUAUACAGUGCUGCAACUGGCAAACAUAAUAAAACAUUCAAAGGAUCAGUUGGAGAAGACGGAUCAUUGAUUAAGUUAGUUCUAGAUGCCUCCGGGAUUUAUGUUGCAACAUCAUGUACGGAUAAAACUUUAUGCGUUUAUGAUUAUUAUAGUGGUGAAUGUAUGGCAACAAUGUUGGGACACUCUGAGUUAGUGACGGGCCUGAGAUUUAGCCCAGACUGUAGACAUUUAAUUUCAGCUAGCGGUGACGGCUGUAUAUUUGUCUGGAAGGUACCACACGAUAUGGUAGUGACAAUGCAGGCUCGAUUAGCUCAACAAGCAAUUAGAGCUGGGAAGAAAAUUCCCACACCAAAUGAUAGUGAACAGUUGGACAACGAAACAUUUGGUCCACCAACACCUGACUUUUUAGAUCCAAAUUCUAAUUCCACGAUGCAGUCUCUUAUUGAUUAUCGCUUCAGUGUUGGACAAUUGCCACAGUGGGCUAAAAAGCAAAUAAACACAUGUACCAGUGCAAACGAAGAAUCUAUUGGGACAUCUGUUGUGAGAUCACUUGGUGUUGACAUGCCAAAAGGAAGAUGGGCCCAAAGAGUUCAACAGGCUGAUGGAAUUACAGUUAAAUCUGUGUACGACAGUGAUGAGAUUAUACCAUUCCCGCCUCCCCGCGGCGCCAUAGAUUCGGAUGGUGGAGGCGGAGGGCUUGGGGGUUCUAAGGAUAGUUCAAUUGAUAGUGGUACCGAAACUAAAUGCAGCAGUGAUUAUCGUAGAGAGACAAUGAUGAUCAAAAGGGAUGAUGCCGAGUUUAAUAUUUUCCAACCAUGUCCUGAUAGUUACAGAGAGUUGGUGGAUGAUUCAAUGCAGAUGACGGGUGGCAAUGUAACAGUAACUAGAGGUAACAAUGACACGGAGUUCAUACGGCAAUCGAGACCACGACAUCACACUGAUGAUAGCAGUUUUGGGAGUUUGAAGUUUGAGGACCAUGAGAGUACAGAACACGAUGGUGAUGUAGAAGAUUAUUCCGAGGGUGAAAAUGGAACGACGAGUUCCGAAAAAUCACAUCAUCAUCUGAUGUAUUAUCCACCGACAGAAGAUAUUGUUUCAAACCAGUUUAAAGUCAAUGCCAUGGAUGUAGAAGAGCUUCGACGAUCUCAAAGGCGGAAUAAGAAAAUACGGACAACUGAAACUGGACGUAAUGAAUUGGCUUCAGGAAGUCAAGAUGAUUCAGACUCCGAGGGCGGCGUUUCAACUCCUAGUGCAGAACGUAAUCCACUUUCACUGUUGUCCGAAACUAGUUCAGAAGGUUUCGAUCAACUUGCUAAUCAGAGCCAUCGCGAAAAGUAUUUGAAGAAUGCUUUUGAGUCGCUUAGUGGAGCUGAUGAACCUACAAAUCGGAAGAAUACUAGUAUUAGUGCACAAUUUCAUGGAAGGAAUAGUGGUGGAGAUGGCAUUCAUAGCCGCAACACACCGAAGAUAAAUAUUCCAAACAAUCCAAAGAAGGACGCCAAUGUAACGAAAAAUCGCGAAGAACUCAAGAGACGCAUUGAAGAGACUCGAAAGAAAUUACAAAGUGUCGGCUACAAGUCAUCAUUAAAAUCAAGUCAAAGUAUUUCGGAUCUAAGUAAUCACAUACCACAUCGCCAUCAUCGUCAGAACCGGAUCGGAACAGUUAUGGGAGCAAGAUGUGAUACUUCAACUAAUAUCAACAACGACGAUGGCGAAGAGAGCAGUGGUAUGAGACGGGCCUGUUCCUUGAGUGAUUUGUCUGCCAACCCGUCCAACAGGUUACUGCAUGCUCCGAUACGAGUUUCAGGUAAAACAUCAAUUAAGAAUUCGAGUCAGUUAAAAAAUUCUUCUGGAAGUGGUACUUCUGGAUCAAUGCCUUCUCGAUAUGGAUCAAGUAAAAUACAUUCAAAUCAUAUGACGCGAAGUAGCAGUGUUGGAGUUUUAAAUCAACAAAGUGAUUCUGAAUCGGAUGCCGGCAUGACGUCAGGUGGAAGACAUUGGUCAAACCAAGCUCAGAGUAACCGCAUAACUGGUUUGAUGAGGCCCACAAUCAGCUCUCAGAAUAAGAUUAAUUAUCAAACAAAGCAUCAUUCGAAUCCGACCAAUAAUCUAACAAUGGUAUUGAGGAGACGUGGCAUGCAAAGUUCUUACUCAAGUGUUAAUCUAAGUCAAGUUGGCAAUCAGGAGGAUUCGAGUUCAGAAGAUACUUCAUCAAAUGGUAAUAGUGUAAAACCUAUACUGCCUCCAAGACCAAAGAGCAUCAACGUAGAACCUACUUCUAGUUUGAAUCUUAUUCCGACGAUCCGGCGAUCUGGGUCAAAUACGGCGAUAGCAAAUGGCAAAUCAAUGAGUUCAAUCGCUCAAGGUGGCCCAAGGCUCUGUAGUCGAAAGCAAUUGGAUCCCAGUCCACAAGAACUUCCUGUCAAAGAUACUGAUCAUACCAUCGACGUUGCUAGUGCUGAAUUAUCGCCAUACCUCUGUAAUACAAUAGCAGACGAAUUAACUCGUACUGCUGACAAUGUUGUUCAACUCUACAAAAGAUUAACGAUGGAUCAUGCCGGAAACUCGUCAGGCGAAAUUAUUGAUAGAGACACGAUGUUACGUGGUUUAGAGUCGUCAGUCAACGAAGCAAUGAGGACAUUGCGCCUAGUUGCCGCUGAAGCGAGUAACAAAGAUAACCAGAUUGAAGCACAACUGCCAACAAGCGAAGCAACUGAAACCUUUCAGGAAUUAUUGACCGGUCAAGAUCAAGGUAGAGUCGUUAACAUGAUGCAACAAUAUUCGGAUAUGCUAUUGAGUAUGAUGCAACAGCGAAUGGGUGGUGCACAUUCCAAUCACGCUUAAAUGUUCAUUACCUUCAGUAAAAGAAAAACAUUAUAGAGAAAUUAAGAUUAUCCAAGAUGGGAUCGGAUAAUUUAAUUGAGGAGCUUCCGCAGUAAGUAUACUUGGUGAAAAUUUCGAAAUGGUAUA